GCAACAAAAGAGCAUUACCAUAUAGACCACCACGUUGCUUUCUUUCUCUGCAAGUUCUGACGAUGACGAGAGAACACUACCUCGCUCUCAACCUACUCUUCCUUGUCAUCGUCUUAUUGAUGCAAGUCGGAGAGGGGCAACAAAAUAGAGCAUCAGAUGUUAAAGUGGGAAUCGUGGACGAUGUAGGAAUGGCAUAUUCCAACAUGACCUUGUUCUGUAUCAACACGUCUCUUUCUGAUUUCUACUCGUCCCAUCCAGAAACCUGGACAAGGCUUGUAACCACCGUUGUUGACUCCAAAAAAGAUGUCGUUAUUGCAGCAGCCUCAGCUCUUGAUCUGAUAACAAACAAUGAAGUGAAAGCGAUUCUAGGACCAUGGAACUCCAUGCAGGCGCAGUUCAUGAUUGAGAUAGGACAAAAAUCUCAAGUUCCGAUCGUUUCAUAUUCUGCAACAAGUCCCUUCCUAGCUUCCAUCCGUAGUCAAUACUUCUUCCGAGCUACCUACGAUGAUUCAUCUCAAGUCCACGCCGUUAAAGCCAUCAUCAAACUCUUUGGGUGGAGAGAGGUUGUGCCCGUUUACGUUGACAACACCUUCGGAGAAGGUAUAAUGCCUCAUCUCACCGACGCGUUACAAGAGAUCAACGUUCGUAUACCUUACAGAACCGUCAUCUCUCCCAACGCCACGGGUGAUGAAAUCUCCGUGGAGCUUCUCCGGAUGAUGACUCGACCCACUAGAGUGUUCGUUGUCCACACUGAAGAUCUACUCGCCUCGAGAUUUUUCGCCAAAGCAAAGGAGAUUGGUUUGAUGAAGCAAGGAUAUGUCUGGAUCCUCACCAACGGUAUUACCGAUGGUCUUAGUCUCAUGAAAGAAGCAGAAACUGAUGCAAUGCAAGGGGUCUUGGGUGUUAAGACAUAUGUACCGAGAUCCGACAAGCUUGAAGCAUUUAAAUCUAAAUGGAAGAAUAGAUUCCCACUCUCUGACCUCAGCGUGUAUGGACUUUGGGCUUAUGAUGCCACCACUGCACUGGCGAUGGCCAUCGAAGAAGCUGGUGCAUCAAAUUUGAUUUUUGCCAAGACAGAUGAUGCCAUGAGGAACAUGUCUGGCCUUCAAGGUCUAGGUGUAUCUCAAUACGGUCCAAAACUUCUCCAGACACUCUCCAAAGUCCGGUUCAAAGGUCUUUCUGGUGAUUUCCGGUUUAUCAAUAGAGAACUGCAGCCGUCAGUGCUUGAGAUUGUUAACGUGAAUGGUCAUGGAGGAAGGACCAUAGGAUACUGGACGAAAGAACAUGGUCUCUUGAAAUACGUAGACCAAAGACAAGCUACCACGACCACUUUCACUACUUGGAAAGAUCGACUCAGACCAAUCAUAUGGCCUGGUGACACUACCUUUGUGCCCAAAGGAUGGGAGAUUCCGACAAAUGGGAAAAGGCUGAAGAUUGGAGUCCCAACUAAUAACCAUUUCCCGCAGUUUGUGAAGGGUACAAAGGAUCCCAUCACCAACUCAACAAUAUUCAGUGGGUUCUGCAUCGACUACUUUGAGGCUGUUAUUCAAGCGAUGCCUUAUGAUGUUUCCUAUGACUUCUUUCCUGUAGAAGAUAUGGAUUAUGAAACUAUGGUCCACCAAGUGUACCUCGGGAAAUACGAUGCUGUGGUCGGAGAUACAACGAUAUCGGCAAACAGGUCAAUGUACGUUGAGUUUUCAUUGCCGUACACACCGUGAGGCGUGGGUCUGGUCGUUCCUGUUAAAGACAAUGUCAAAAGAAGCAGUACCAUUUUUCUGAUGCCUUUGACGUGGGGACUAUGCUUACUCAGCCUUUUGUCCUUUUUCAUAAUCGCCGUUGUCGUAUGGGUUCUUGAACACAGGGUGAAUCCAGACUUUGAUGGGCCUGGAAGAUACACUAUACUCUGGUUCUCUUUCUCCAUCAUGGUCUUUGCGCCGAGUAUGUUCACUCUCUCCUUCACAUUACUAUACCAAUGCUCAUUCCAUUUCAUAAUCUUGUUUAUAUGUACAGGAGAAAGAGUGCUUAGCUUCUGGGCGAGGCUCGUGGUUAUCAUUUGGUACUUCUUAGUACUUUUGUUGACUCAGAGUUACACCGCUAGCUUGGCGUCGCUUCUUACAUCACAGCAGCUUUAUCCAACUGUGACCAACAUAAACAGCUUGCUGGCGAAGGGAGAGCGUGUGGGGAACCAGCGUAGUCCCUUUAUUUUGGGAAGACUGAGAGAGUCAGGUUUCUCAGAUGCUAAUCUCGUAACCUAUGGGUCUCCAGAACAGUGUCACGAGCUACUGGAUACAGAACCAGCAAAGGGAGGUGUUUCUGCUGUUUUCAUGGAAUUGCCAUAUGUGAGACUCUUUCUCGGACAGCACUGUAACAAGUAUAAAAUGGUUCAAACACCAUUCAAGGUCGAUGGGUUUGGCCUUGUCUUUCCCAUUGGAUCCCUUCUAGUGGCUGAUGUUUCAAGGGCCAUUCUAAAAGUGGAAGAGUCGAACAAGGCAAACCAACUGGAGAGCGCGUGGUUCAAGAAAAUAGACGAAAGUUGCCCAGAUCCACUCACCAGCCCCGACCCAAAUCCAUCUGAAUCGUUCCGGAAACUUGGCAUCGAUAGCUUUUGGGUUUUGUUUGUCGCUGCAGCCAUAGUCUGUGUUACUGCACUGGGGAAAUGCAUGUUUCAUUUCUUGAAGGAGAACCCAGACCAAAGAAACCUGCAAGGAUUGUGGGAAAGGUUCCUUCAGCCAGACACAAAGUCAUACAUAAACCAAGUGAAGAAAUGUCAAUGCUCCAUAAAUAACCAUGAAGAAGCAAACAAUGGCAGACAAAGACCAUGACGAUCCUUGUCCACUAUGAUAUACAGUAAAAGGCUUUAAAAAUCUGCCCCCCGUUAAGAUAGUGAAUUCAUAAGAGGAAGUAGCAGGCAAAAUAGCAUUUUUCACAGAAAACUCUGAUGCAGGCUGGAGUACCAGAAGAAGAGGUCUAGACUCUCUUCCGCUGCUGCCAAGCCUUCCCUUACUGCUUAAAAAGCUUGAGAAUCACAUUUCUAGUUUUUGUUUUACUUUCUUUUGGCUUCACCGGCAUUCAAGACAAGUCAGUUAGAGUCCAAAGUUCAGUUGUCGUUUUAAUCCAUGACAAGGGUGACUUAUGUUUUAAGUUUUUUUAGUAGUUGGAAACACAUUUUAAACUCGAUUUUUGUGUCUCCUUUCGUAUUUAUGAUAAAGACAUUACUUAUA